AUGUCGCGUUCUCGAUCCCGAUCUCGAUCCCGAUCCCGAUCCCGAUCGAAGUCUCCUGCCAAACUCGGUUUACCUGCGCCUAAAAGGCCCCGAUCCAUCAGUAAGCGCCCCGGCAAAGCUCAGAAAAGAAAGCGCUCUGCUUCACCAAAGAAGAGUUCCUCUCGCGGCCGAUCCUCAAGCAAGCCGAAACCAGCAAAAAGGGCAAAGUCCGCCGCCAAGAAACCCGCCAAGAAGGCGAAGAAACCAGCAAAGAAAGCUGUUAAAAAAGCAGCAAAGAAGCCAGCCAAAAAGUCAGCAAAGAAAGCUGUAAAGAAGCCAGCGAAGAAGUCUCCCAAAAAGGCAGCAAAGAAAUCUGCAAAGAAACCCAUGAAGAAAGCUGCCAAAGGAAGAGCGAAAUCUGCUAAGAAAGUCAAGUAA